GGCGUGAAUCCCGAAAUGAUGAAACUGAUCAUAGAGUACGCUUACACCAGAGCAGUGCCCAUUACGGUUUAUAACGUGGAGGAGCUCUUGAUUGCAGCUGAUCAAUUCAACAUCAUGGGGAUUGUCAGAGAAUGCAGCGAUUUUCUAAAGACCGAGUUGUGCUUGGAAAAUUGUAUCGGUAUCCGCAAGAUCACAGAUCACUACUACUGCCCGGAGCUGCGCCAGAAAGCCUAUAUGUUCAUCCUCCAUCAUUUCGAAGAAAUGGUGAAGGUAUCAGAGGAAUUCCUAGAGCUGACGGUGAUGGAACUCAUAGAUAUCAUAGAUAAAGAUGAGCUGAAUAUCAAGCAAGAAGAUGCAGUGUUUGAGGCCAUCUUAAAGUGGAUCAGCCAUGAUCAAUCAAGACGCAAGAUCCAUGUCUCCAUCCUGCUUCCUAAGCUUCGAUUAGGACUGAUGCAUGCAGAAUAUUUUAUGAAUAAUGUCAAAAACAAUAACUAUGUGAAGGAAAAUGAGGAAUGCAAGCCCAUAAUUAUCAACGCUCUCAAAGCCAUGUAUGACCUCAAUAUGAACGGACCAUCAAAUUCAUACUUCACAAACCCGUUGACUAGACCACGUCUUCCUUACUGCAUCUUGUUUGCUAUCGGUGGCUGGAGUGGGGGAAGCCCAACUAACGCCAUCGAGGCUUAUGAUUCCCGUGCCGAUCGAUGGAUAAAUGUUACUUGCGAGGAAGAGAACCCAAGGGCGUAUCACGGUGCAGCAUAUUUAAAAGGCUUUGUCUACGUCAUUGGGGGAUUCGAUAGCGUUGACUAUUUCAACAGCGUAAAGCGUUUUGAUCCAGUAAAUAAAACAUGGCACCAGGUAGCUCCAAUGCACUCUAGAAGAUGUUACGUCAGCGUCGCUGUACUGGAUAGCUUCAUUUAUGCUAUGGGAGGAUUUGAUGGUUAUGUACGACUUAAUUCCGUGGAAAGAUACCACCCAGAGACCAAUCAGUGGACUCUGAUUGAACCUAUGCAUGAGCAAAGGAGUGACGCUAGUGCCACCACACUGUCUGGAAAGGUCUAUAUAUGCGGUGGUUUUAAUGGCAAUGAGUGCCUAUUAACAGCUGAGGUUUAUAACCCAAAGACAAACCAGUGGAGCACGAUUGCCCCCAUGAGGAGCAGGCGCAGCGGGAUAGGUGUCAUCGCCUACGGAGACCAAGUCUAUGCUGUAGGUGGAUUUGAUGGUGCUAACCGACUACGCAGUGCUGAGUGCUACCAUCCUGCCUCAAACAGUUGGCAUAACAUCCCGACUAUGUUCAACCCACGCAGCAACUUUGGCAUUGAGGUAGUAGACGACUUACUGUUUGUGGUGGGAGGCUUCAACGGCUUCUCCACAACCUUCAACGUCGAGUGCUAUGAUGAGAAGGCCGACGAGUGGUACGACGCCAAUGACAUGCACGUAUAUCGCAGUGCCUUGAGCUGCUGCGUCGUUCCUGGCCUCCCCAACGUCCGAGAGUAUUCGGCCCGCCGGGACAUACUUUCACCCAGAGAAGAGGUCAAAUCAUCAUCCUCUACUAGCAUACUGUCAAUAUGA